AUGCCCGGUCUCGAACCAUGGCAGAAGAUCGUUGCAGAGAAGAGAUCGCUCCGAGAACAGGCUUUGCAGCCCUACUUCGUGGAUGGUAUUCAUCUCAGGCCUGAGAGAGUGGCCAGUGUUGCGGAUAGAUCGCGCAUCGAGCCCCGUGAAGCUCAGUCAAUCACGGAAAUCGACAGUGUUGAGCAGCUGCAUGGCCGCCUCUGCCGGGGCGAAUUGACUGCGACAGAUGUCACGCUUGCAUACAUCAAGAGGUUGGAUAGCUCCUAUACCGGCUCCUCCUUGUCACCUUUGCAUUGA